CUACUUUCAUCAACAUCUGCUUCACCUUCACACCUACAACAAAAUCUAAAGGGGAGUAGAACUAAAAAAUGAGGUAUGAAAAAAGGGCCUCCACUUCAGACUGCUGAAAACCGGAAGCAGCACAGGAAAAGGAGAAGAAAAUGUUAUGCCUUUACCCUGUGAAUUCUUGUAGCCCGAAAAUAUUUUAGAUACUGGAGAAGUUGUUGUAGGUACUUGGCUGUUUCCUACUACACCUCAGGAGUGGUCAAGUGAUGUUUAAAGAUGCAGAACAGGAGGGAAGCAACCACCAUGUAACUUAUCCUAUAUUUGUCAACUUCCUUCGCGAGGUUUCUCUUUCUUGUUUCAUUUUUUUAUCCUAUCUCACUGCAGCUAGCUACCGUAGUUCUAAACCAUCCGCAGCCACACGAUCGUGCAGCCGGCACGGCUCAAGGCCUCUACGUAGCCGAAGAUGUCGCUCGGGCAGCAGCGAGCGCUCGGGCAGCAGGAUCCACGACUAGCAUUAUGGCUGUUGACAGUAACUGCGUGAGAACACUUUCUUAGUCGUGUCCGCCUCGCAGUGUCCAUCUCUCUCCGCAUCAAGUCCUAACCGAUCUGGUUUCACCUGUGGUGCUAGCGUCUUGGCCUUGGUCAUGUUCGCUAUCAGUAAGAAAAUGUAUUCAACUUCACGUUAACACCAUUCAGAUAGAUGUAGAUUUGUGGCCGGUUGUACGGUCUUAUGCGCCCCCAGUAUGUAAUUUGGAUCUUAUAUAGGUUAAUUAAUUGAUUGAAAGGGCGGUGGCAUAUAGUCCUAACGCAAAAAAAAAAAAAUACGGGUUGUACUAGGAGCGGCACCAUCAGGGAUACACACGACGUGUCUGUUUGGUACUCUUCUUUUUUUAGAGGAACACAGCGGAAAAGCUACCACGAUGAGGCUAGCCGAGAUGGAUUCAAGCACACUCUAAUACUGGCAGUUCACUGCCAAGAGUCCAAGUGGCUGACGCGGCCGGCGACGAAGAUAUGACUGAGAUAGAGUGUGUGAUUAAAAACGUGGUGGUUGAUGUUUUCUGGAGUUAAUUUCAAACGGAUUGAUUAGAAACAUCAGGAACAGUCGAAAGACCACUAUGAAUCCAACAACAGGCUAGAUUAGCGGGUAGAAGACGUCGGGGAAAUCUUAGGCAGUUCGUCGAGUAGAUUAAAGUCAUCAUAGUGAUGGCGUGUUGAAGAUGUGUGGCCACUGACCGACACUUACUUACACGCUUCUUUUUUUUUUCAAGAGUAGAAGGUGAUUACUGGGUUAACUUUAGUGAUAUAAUACUGUUGCCUCAAGUCGAGCAUGCUAGUAUUUCACACGAAGGCCUCCAUUCCUUCGUCGGGGCAAGACUCCAUACAACGUUUUUACUUUCAUACUAGAAGUACAGACGAAAAAGACGAAACUGGAGACGCCUCUCCAGAUCCCGCGAGGGCGAGAGGUCAGCAUAGCCAGUGGCGGAAAUUCGGAACCAGUUAGCAGAUCCACACGCGUGACGAUGUCGGAGGAAAUGGUGCAACAAUUAUGACACCAUUAUAAGUUUAAGUAUCCGCCCAGGGAAGAUUAUACGUUUCUAGAAGUGUAAUAACAAGAUAAAGGAGUUAUUGGUUUGCCAUCAUUUCACAGUAGAGUAUUGAGAAGAACGGAUGGCAACAGCACUCAUGAUAUCCUAACACAAAGUACGUAUGAUAUCGUCUAACAUGAUCGAAAACAACACCCUAUUUCUACGCCCAUUUCUGUUCUAAAACACGUCCGGCACAACCGAAAAACUCUGGUAACGACCCUGCAAGGUCACUCGGUUCGUUUCCGGACGUGGUUUUUGAUCACUUUCACAGUGAACAUUCUGGUAGCAACCGCGACGCUAGCACUGUGGAGUAUGAUAGUUAUGAUACAUAGCAUAGGAGGUUCUCUCUUUGAAACUACGUGGCUCGUGUCGAUGGGUUCCUCGAUCGAAACAUCCCUUGUAACCCUUCCCUAUGUAAAACGGCCACUUCCAUGUCCGCAGAGACAUGAAGAUCGCAUCCCAAACACGUUCUAAUCCCAGCUACGGAUCCAAGUGCUAUAAAUGGGCAAUCGAACAAGACUAUGCCGGAUUCUACCUCUGGUACGGUGGAAUUUUCAUCCUAUUUUUAUGGAACAAGUUUGAGUUGUUUUUUGAAUAGAAUUUCGAACAAGCGCUUCUAUAUUCCAAUGACCUCUCUUCAGACAAGCUAAAGCCUUCCAUCUCCUUCAAUCAAUGAAGGGUCUGCAGAACAAUCACACAUAACCGCUCCUCUCCUCUCCCUCGUAUGCUUUCAUUUUCCGUCCUCUACAUGCUGGACUUUUUCACCUGUCCGUUGAUUCCGCAUGCGGAUAAGGAAAAAGUGAAAGUAUCUUCCUUUCGGUUUGCUUACGGGGAUCACAGAGGCCAGAGCGCAUGCGGAACGAUCGUCUGCAGAUGUCUGGCGAUCUGCAGCUUCUUAAUGGCUCUAGCAUGGGGAAUAACGGCUGCUGGAAGGUACUAAGACUACUGACGUGCAAUGACGAGACGUGUAAUCGAAGUAGUUUCAGUUGACGAAUUCUUCGACAGGUAUGAUCACAGCUUUUCCCACGACACGACUGAUGAUAAGCUAAAAGUACGAACUUGCUUCUCAACACACUAACUGAACCAGCAGAUACCCCCAUUACCCUGUGAUGAUCAUGCUCGUUGCAUUGAUGGGGUUGCAAGUUGCGGCUCGAUUUGCAAAACGACUACACUAUUACGAUCGUGACACGAUUGCAGAGCAGCUGAAGCAUCUGCCAGAUGGAAAAAUGAGAUUAGCAAGGAUGCGAAGUUUAAGAAGAUUCGAGGACUUCUACUCAUAGGAAGUUACAAAUAUAGUUUUCAUGACUCGAGCCUGUGUCGUCCCAGACAAAGCGGUCUGGCCGCAGAGCCGCGGACCUUGAACCUUGACAUUCCACAUUAUGUCCUCGUCACGCACUCAUUUAUUUGCUCAUAAAUGAUAAGCACAAAGAACCCUCCUCCAAUCAAUUCUUCUAAGCAAAAUCUUAAUCAACUACCUGCUGAUGCAACACGACAAGCUGAUCUACUACAAAGCGGCGUGCAUAUCAACUCUGGUCACUGCCACUUUAGUUUUCAAUCUGUGGCUCUACUGGGCCUUUGUUGCGGAGGAUAAGAAUUAUGGUGCUUGGGUUUGUUUGAGUUCGGAACGAAAAAAUUAUCUGUUUUUCUUCAGCACGUGGACCUAUUUUUUUACAUCGAGAAAUCAACUUCUCUUUAUUCGCUUGAUGAAUCACAACUACUACAAAGUUUUCAUUCUUGUAUCAUACGUUCUUUCUUCCUCUAAAACCGCUACUGGUCAAAGAGCGCAAGGGAGAAAAUGAGGAAUGACGGGCUUUUCUUGGAGUCAGAAACGACCGGAAUAACAGCAGACGAUACUCUGGAUAUUUCUCCGGAACAGUUGUUUAACUUAAGGCUGCAUCAUCCAAUGUGUAUUUCAGCAGCGAGUUGCUUGUAUCUCCAAUUCAUUGGACCAGCUGAGGGAGUAUCUAUUGAGCCCAGAGAAAAUCGAUUGAGACCUAAACCUUAGGCCCUAGCUCAGAUUUCUAAUAGAAAGGAAACCAAAGUACAAAGAUGACUGUUUGUAGACGAUUUCCUCUCUAACUCUCGUCCACUUCAAUAUCUGGGCUGCUCCAGUGUUGCUGGCGGUUGGUUAUUUGCUCAUCUUCGGCCUUUUAGGGUUACGGUGUUACCUCCACGUCUCGUAUACCAAAACUGACGAAAUUUUAACGGAAGUUAUGAUGUGGGUGUGGUGCUCUGGAGGACGAGUACAGUCUUGUUUUCCACUCAUAUGUGGUUCAGCCUUUCAUGCUUGUGCGACUUAUUGAUUAAGCACUCUCUUUUAAUCUGCUAGUUCACUGCUGUCCUCUAAUCCCUUCGCCCAUUCAGUAGCAACCGAGGACGCCAACCACGGAGACAGCAUCUUGGGUGUCGGAAACAUGGACGCGAUUGUAGAUACGGUGAAGCUGUGUGUCUGCGGUCUUUUCGCCACAGCGUUGACUUUUUGUUAAGGCUUUGUCGAGAGAUCACCACACAGUAAAAUAUUUUGCAUUCUUGACUUUCUUCGCCCACUCAAGAAUAUAAUUGAUGCUCUGAAGACAUCAUCAACACGUCGUAAAAAGAACUACCUCUAAUCUGUGGUCGCAGCCGAAGUCGGUGUCGGCGCAAGCAAUUCCUCCCUAGAUGUCUCGACAACAGUGCGGACGUUCAUCGGAGCAGUGCUUUUUAGUUUCGUAGUCGUCAUAGCAGCGACGAUGCAACGAGUUUACAAGGAGAUGGUUCAGAAUAUGUGGAGAAAUCCCUUUCUGCGGAUGAUGGUGGACUUUCUGCGCUCGGAGUGGUUGAAGGCGUUGUUCUUUUAAGGCUCAAGCCGAAAGACUCAGAUUCAUUUUCACUGCUGGAUUGUUGCGUUUAUUUUUCAAUUGAAGUAAUUAGGAUGAACUCCGCAACCUUGCGGUCAAGUUGGCGACUAACGCUAUUGCGAAGGCUCGUCAGCAGAUGCCCAUUUUCACUGCUGGAUUAUUCUUCUCUCUUUCCUUGUUCCCAGGAAGUCUGUCUGAGAGAAUAAACACCAAUAAGUUCUUACACGUAAAGUAGUCAAAUACAAACGAAUCAAUUUUUACAAUUCCUCUCCUCUUCGCUUCUCUAAUUCCUGCUCCUAUUCUGGUGGAGCUUGCCAGUCUACUAUGCAAUCAGUGCAGUAAACCGCUUUGUCAGAUAUGUGCGUGGAACUAGAGACCGAAACCAUUACGAUGACACAUCCUCCGAAGGCAGUACAGAACCGACGGGAGCAGCAGCGGAAUUUAUGGUAGCGUAGUAAAACUGGGUUCAUGUCUAAGAAAUGGGUUCAUGUCUAAGAAAUGGGUUCAUGUCCAAGAAAUCAUGGAGGACAGCAGAAAGCUUUCAUCCAGAAGACACAAUGCAGGUGAACUUGUUCACAAGCCGAAAUAGGUCCACCUACCAGAAACAUACCGUGUCUUUGAUUCUAAUCUGCCCUCAAACACGCCUGGUGACGAGACUACAAAAUCCAAGCCCGCUACUGAGGGGGAUGCCUCAUCAACGAUCAACAAUUUUGAUUCAAAAUUACGGCUCUUCACUAUAAUUCGGUUCUACGACAAGGGAUUCAUUCUGCUUCGAUCUUCUUCUUAGGAUUCUGAGACUAGUCUGCAUGCCCUCAGAAUAUGAAUUGCCUUGUUGAGCUCUAACGAAAUCUUUGGGAGCGCGAUCCUCACAGGAACCAGAGGAGGUACCGUUAGACAGGCCCACGCAGAAAGAAGAGGAGGAAAUGAAGGCGCACCAAAAAGUACACUACUUUUACGGCGAACGAUUGGUGUUAUCAUAAGGAGUAGCAAAUGUUUAUAACACGGUACUAAGAAAUGUUUAUAACACGGACCACUAGGUGGAUGAAGAAGUAUACGGACUAUGUAAAAUCGACACUUAGGCUCUCCUUUGGAGGUACCUUUGUAUUGAGUGGCCUCGCAAGUAGAUAUCAAAUGCUACAUAAGUGAGGUUCCAUGACAUGACAUGAAGAAGUAUAAUCAGUUGAAGUGAGCAUGCUAUCAUAUCGCAGAGGUUACCCGAUCAGUCAAUCAAUCAAUCAAGCAUCCGGCUAUGCUUGAUCGACUACGACAGCAGUCACGCGCUAAUACUCACCCUCUCCAUGGCACCACUAUUGUACACGACGAUGUAGCAUGCAGUUGGGCGGAAUAGCGCAUUGGAACGCAACGGGGGUUAUUACAAAGUAUAGCUACAGUUUGUUCGGCUUCAAUUACAUUUCCUCACCACUACAACCACUGACCAUUAAUCAUCAGUAACUACCCACAAUCAAACCUAUCACUCAACACACACAGGGCCUACAUUUGGGGUAUUGCAUUUUUCGUUCUGAAUGUCGGCUGCACAAAAGGCCUCAACUUGGGGCUUAUAGGUCUGAACGUCAUGCUCGAUGGUCUCAGCCCACUUCUCGUAAUGCUCUUUUGUUAAGACUACCGCUGAAGCAUGUCCGUCACACUAUCAUCCUUGGAAGUGUAAUUGAAAAAGAAGCCACUUCUGCCAAGGAUAUCAAUAUUGCUCUGAAAGAGGUAGAGGAAGAUGCAAACAAGCGGUAGGUCUAAUUCUGGUAUUUAGCCGGUCUAGGUUGCUUUCUUCUCCCUCCAGUGCCAGGUCCGCCCGUAUACCUCUUUGGCGGACUUGUAGUGGUGGAUGCGUUUGAAAAAGCCAACACCGACGACCCGGAGACGGGAUUUUGGCUGGGAUUGGCUUUGACAUGUACAACUUCUGAGGUUUUGUGCCUAAGGCUUGUUAAUCUUCAACGCUGAUGAGAUCGUAACCUGCUUUUGCAAGUGGACCUGCAGAUUUUGAGAUCCAAAAAUGCGUUUCGUCAGUCUCCGUAAUCCAUAAUCCUCAGGAGUCAGUAAUCCAUAAUCCCAGGAAGUCUCCGUAAUUCGUCAGUCUCCGUAUCUACGGAAUGUUCCUAGAACUACACCAAACAGGUGUCGUCUCCCUGAUCCUGAAAUUACAUGCGUGUGCGAUGCAACAGAAGGCGAUCGGAGAACCAUUGGGCUCUAGGGAGUGGAUUAGAGCGCUAGUUGGGGUUCAUACUCCGACAAUCCGCGCUAUUGAAGUAGUCUUGCGACAGCCUGGUCUUGGGUUUGGAAAGUUAGGAGACAUUCAUAAUUGAGGAGGAUCUACUGCAUCCUUAUCAUUAGACUUGAGAUGGGCAUUUGUUGAAGUGAAAUUCUAGUGAGAGUGAAAUUCAUCCGAUUUCUCUAGAGAUUAUCCAAGUAGUACGAAUCAUUCAACAGGAUCAUCUCUUCGUCGUCUUUCUAACGGCUUGCGCAAUCCUUUGCGGUGGUCCAGACUGGCCAACGUCAGUGCUGUGCGGCAUCCUCCAAUGUUCCCUACUCCAGAUCAUGAUCGGAACUGCACCAAUUUUUGUCUUUGUCUCACCAACGGUGAUGACAGGAGCGUUUAAAAGGAAAACUGACAUUAUGUUGGCUCAAAUUAGUGUAUGAAUAAUAUUGGUUUAGUUUUUACCUCUAGCGUGUAGCCCUUCAAACAAUGUAUUGAUAAUAUUGGCUGCUUAGUGCGUCAAUAGCAACCUCCGGAACAGGUAAAUGAAUGAGUGAAUGUUUAUGGAGUUGUAUACCAGAAUCAGAAUCAAAACGACUUUCAACAAGUAGUAGUUGCAGAUAUCCGUCUUAGAUCUAUAGUACCUUUUCCGAACAAAAUAAAAAUCGCGGCCCUUGUUCUAAAACUGAAGUAAUAGAAGUUGCUUGCUAGUCCUACUCACUGCAACAAGUAAAAAUAGUCCCUUGCUUGCUCUAAAACCGAGAUAUUCGUCACCUUGACGAGUUUGCUACUGCUUUUCAGUGUGCUUCUUGCGUGUGCUAUGGGGGUUGCCGCUUGCUAUGCGGUGCAGGAGGUGAUGGAUAACCACGGACCACUGUUGCAGGUGCCGCUUGAUUAUGAGUCCAAAGCUUGUCUAGGUUGGUAAUCAUCUACUACGUUUCUAAUACAACUGCGAAGCUUCAUCUUGAAUUUCCUGGGACGUUUACAACGUAAAGCUUGACAGAGAUGGAGAACGCUAGCUCUUUUGAGUUCUAUUUCUCCUCACAAAUAGAUGUAACAGCACCUCCAGCACUAUGAAAUCCUUUUCUUCUAAGAAAUUGCAAAUCGCGAAUUGCACUGGAUUGAUUUCAAGGGUACCAAGAAGCGAGAAAUUUACGAGGACAUGACCAGAUGGCCGAAGCUAGCUUGGUGGAAGAAAGCAAUCAUGCUCGUGGGCGUCCUGGCGAUGAGCUUUCAGUGCUUCGUCUUUUUCUGGAACGACUCAGAGUGUUGGGGACAGCUAGACCUGAAAUUGAGCAAGCCGGAUGACUAUAGCGUAUUUGACCAUUCUUCAUACGACCUGUUGGGUGCUAGCUUUCGUGCUUUCUCCGAGACGCUCCUGUGGAUAGCUGAUGUAGGCUCACAUAGCGAUUAGAAGUGCGCCAGGCCUUCCUUAGUAGAGUCGUCCUUACUGAAUUAGUAUUUUUUUCUCCCUUCCAUAUCCUCCGCAUAUCAGUUAUACUGGAACUUUUCGCCGGAGCCGGAUAAUCCGAAAGACAUCCAUGUGCUCAAGCCGACCGGUCAAUUCACUCUAGCUGUCUUCGGCGGCGGUUGCCUCUUCUACUACAUUUAUGAAAGGCAGAGGCUAGAGUAAUUGACUCCUCUCACAUUUUUCUUUAUAACGAUGUAAGUACCUCGAUGUUGAAUUCGCUGCUAUUUGCUGCUUUGCUACUAUUCUCUCCAUGCUGCGUGCAUUACUCCCCACCCAUGCCACGGGUCCGGAAUCGCAUUGGUUUUUUCGCACCUUCGUGCUUGUUCUAUCACAUCACUUAAAAAGCAGGUGCUAGAUCUGUCUCUCUAACCCUGAGUAUCCAAGAUGUUAAGCGCGAUGGCAGCCAAAGGCAUCGCGGAUUUUGAGGCACAGGCGGAUGAGCUCAGAGCUGACUGGGAUGUAGAGCAGGACAUCAAGCGGGAUGAGAUAGAACGCGAGUUGUGCGAACUCUAUCCCGAUGAUUACGCGGCUUAUUUGGAGCAAACGGGAAGGCCUGAGUUGAUGCCGCUUGAUGGAGAAGAUAACUAUGGAACAGUUGUUGAUGUCCUUAUACUUGGUGUCGUUAGACGCUGUAGCCGCAUUUCAGGAGUCCUCUUGCCCUUUGAAUUAUAUCCUGAACGAUGUUAAUAUUUCCCUCGAAUCUUGGAUUUGCCCUGGUACUUUUUGAUCUCGCCCUCCACCUUAAUAAUCAAUCGUAGUAGUUUCCAGCCGCCCAGUGAGUUCGUACUCUAAGCCUCCAGCAACUCCGCUGACGGAGAUGACGUUGUAGAUACAUCAGGUGCACUAGGAAUCAAGUCGGGUAUCGAACCUAGGCCGACUGGUAGUAGUUCAGGUGAACGGAAGGUUUUUAUAGUCGCAGGUGGGGAGGACGAGGAGUUAGUAGACGGCAACGACUCAAAUGAGGGGAGAGCUUCACCAGCUCCUUCUCCGAGGAAUUUCAACAUGGACUUAUGAUCGAAACUGUGGUGAUAGAAGCUGUUGCUGAGUUUUGCCGAGCGCGAAGAGGUCAGUGAUGACAGGGAAAUAAUUCGUGAGUUUGAAUACAGUAGAGGUUAUAACGUGGCUCAGGGGUGAGACAGGGACUAAAAGGAGUUUGAAUUAAAAAGUACAGGCCCCGUACGGCCAUAGCUCUGAAACAGGACCACCAUAGGAAAAACAGGCCUUGGACCCUAUGGCAACACAUGACAAUGAGACUCGAAUACACGCGUUCUUGUUGUAUCUUUUCUAUCUGGAGACGGCUUAGCGAUGUACGCCGUAGAUGUUCAAUUGUUCUUGGCUUAUUUUGUGUUGAGGCUCCUUUCGUUGAUUGAGGCUCCUUUCCAGAUACAACAAGAGAAUCAUCUUCCACGCGAAUGGCACUUUCUAAGAUACGCCGAUGCUGAGGGAGGUCUGGUGAAACCUCCGGCCCAGAGAACGGACGCAGAAAGCAACUCGGGAAUAGAAGUGUGAUAUAGUAACGUUGGGCUUCCUUAGAAGCGAAGAUCACCUUGUUUUGUCUUAAAUGUAUCUCAUUUCAGUGGAAAGAAAUGAGUUCUUGCAAAUAUAUUCGAUUUCAUUAGUUUUUUUUGUUAUACACAGUCACUUUUUUGUAGGUUUAAACUCGUUGGACGGGCUGUUAUUGCGAGUAAACAAUCUCUCAAUUCAAAAUUUGUGCCAAGUCUGCGACAUCUACUCGUUGUUGUUCGUACACUUACUAACAUUCAUCAAUCUACUCUACAAGAACUCUACUCAAUUUCUCAUCAAUCUAGAACUCACUCGGUAAUAUUUAGAUGAACGUAGUUCCUUCAUGACAAGGUCGCAAAAUGCGCGAUGCUGACGACUAUUAUGAAACUCAUUGUACACAGCUUCACAGGGGAAUUAAUCACAGGUUCAAAGAAUUAAAUCUUUGUCCUCUUCCUCUUCACGACUCGAUGCUUCAUUGGAAGCAUUAAAGAAGAUGAGGCACACAUCAGCGUCCUACAACUCUGCUUUUUUCUGCGUUUAAACAUAAAACUCGUAGUUGUAUCUCUUUGCGUAUUAAUUUGUUGACCUUCUCACAUAAGUGACGGUGCUGUAGUGUAUAGUCUUCAAUGAAAGUGUAUAUCUUUUGGGCACUUCAAUGGCCCCGAACGCUCGCUCCUUCGUUUUGAGUGAGCUAACUCCUAUCCUAUCCUAUAGUCUGUUGUGAUUUAGAGUACAGAGUCAGACAAUGAAACUCAAAGUUGGAGAAGUGUUUCAAGUCGUUUUCGAAGGAAUGUAAAGAAAGUGACGUUGCCAUUUGUCCAGUUCGAGGAAUCGAAAAUUGCGAUCAAAGUAUCGGUCCAAAGGCGCAAUAAUUCUUCUCGCUUCUAUCCACUGAUGCAUGUCCCUGAAUGUUCGAGAGAAACUAACAAAGAUCCAUGCUCUGGAUCCCUGCACAGAAGAUAGUCUCAGAAUUUUGUGUGAACGUCGCUGAUGGAAAAGAAUCAUCCCGACAUCGGAGGAUUGUAGAUGAUGGUGUGCUUAACGAAAAAUCCGAAAUUUUUGUACUAGAAGUACAGUCUGUGCGCAGAAUGAAUCAAAACAGUAUGUUCGACGUGCUAGCGCUCAUCU